ACGAUAAGGCCCGAUGCGCCUCCAUAAAAAUAGGCUAUGGAAAUUUUAAACAUGUAUAUCGUAGAACUUCUUCUUUAGCCGAGUUACCGGCAAACAACAAAAAGCUUUUGGAAAAAUUGAUAGAGUUUUGAUUGAAAGCGGCUUUUGGUAUGAUGCUCGCGUCUGAGCGCGCGCGUGUAGUGUAGGCGAGUGACUUUGGCUGAAGAUGCACGCAUCAGGCGAUCGCGCAUUCGUGGAUCAGACCUCGCCGAGGACGCAGCGGAGCACAGCUUUCUUGGAUUUCUGAUCAGCACCUCGAGCUCGCGUAAAUCAAUUAGCAUCAGCGAUUUCUAGUAAACGAACGCGUUAUUUGUCGUUCUCUGACGGAGGAUCUAUGUUUAUCGUGUGCUUUGUCGUUUACUUAAGAGCGAGCUACAUUUUCUCCUAUGUUCCUAAUGGACAAAAAUAACUAAAAUGUUAGAUAUCUCGGUGAAUGGAGUGCUCCAACAUAUUCUGAUUUGUACAACUCGAGACCGUUCGACUACCUGUAGGAUUGCAUCAAGCGCGUGAGGGAGGCGGUGAUGCCCAGGAGGUAAUGCGCAUUAGUAUAAUGUGACACAAUUCGGGUUUUUUUGCACUCGAACGGAGGUUUCAGUGCAAAUCGUGCACAUCUGUACCCGGUGAAUACAAGCUAAUGGAACCACCGUAAUCUCAAGGAGAGCCGACGGCACGUUGUUUUCGAACAGGCGUUGGGAUGCUCUACGUUUAUCCUUCAAACCCAAUUGAAGAUGUACAGAGCGCGAGGACAUUUCCAGCAAUAUACGCGUACCUGUACCACACAAGCUCCGUCUGAAUGGCAAUACUUGAAUGUUUGAAAUCGUGAAAUCAUAUUGCAAUAGUUUUUGCACCUGAUGCACGGCAAUCCGCAAUCGAUCGAAUGAAUGGUCAUUCCUGCGUUGAGUGUGCAGAGUGACUAAUCGCACCUGGACCGAGAUAAGACAGGAUGGAGACGAAUGCGUUUUGAUUGCUGGCUUUGAGCUACCAGUAAGCGCUCUGUAGUAAAGUUGCAGUGGCCGAACUACAGGUGCUUUAUGAAGAUCAGAACACAAUCGUUAGUUUGCCCUCGCAGAAAUGCCAGUGCGCGCCGUGACUUCCAGGUUCAUGUACAGGGGACUUUGCUCAAUUCCAGAUAUCCUCUCCUACAGGACUCCCGUCAGCCUCCCCGAGGAUGAAGUGGAGGAGAUCCGUGAAGCCUUUAAGGUGUUUGACCGUGACGGGAACGGGUUCAUCUCAAAACAGGAGCUAGGAGUGGCCAUGCGGUCUCUUGGUUACAUGCCAAAUGAAGUGGAGCUGGAGGUGAUCAUUCAGAGGCUGGACAUGGACGGAGACGGUCAGGUUGACUUUGAAGAGUUCGUAGCACUUCUCGGACCAAAACUGUCUUCAGCUGGUAUGCCUGACAGAUUCCAUGGAGCCGAGUUUGACUCCAUAUUCUGGAAGUGUGACAUACAAAAGCUGACUGUGGAUGAGCUGAAGAGACUCCUGUACGACACCUUCUGUGACCAUUUGACUAUGAAAGACAUCGAGAACAUCAUCAUGACUGAGGAGAGUCACUUAAACAGCCCAGAGUGCCAAGUAGAUAUUGACACAAGUCCCAUGCAACAAGUCAAGCACACCUGUGUGCGCAAGAGCUUGAUUUGUGCCUUCGCCAUUGCAUUCAUCAUCAGCGUCAUGCUCAUCGCAGCCAAUCAGAUGCUUCGAAGAGGAAUGAAAUGAGCAGUUCUGUUUCUAAGACAAUGAAUGACUGACAAAAGGAAACAAGGUAAACAUGCAAAAAAAAAAAAAAGCCUACUAAUUUUACUAGUUUCUAACGACCACAGUUUUACAGAAUCACCAAAGGCUGCACUUUCAUUCUACUAUAAACUCAAGGUAAAGACAGACUGUUGUUAGACAGACAAAUUAAGCCCCCCAAAAAAUAGUUUAUCCUAUAUUAAUGAUCAUUGUCCUAUAAAAUGUUACUUUUUUUGCCUUAUGUUACAAAGUAGGUAUCUAUUAAUGUAGCACAUCAUAUUUAAAGUAAAGUAUUGUGUUGUAUAGCUGUAAUUUACUUCAUAUCAACAUCGUGUCAGGGUCGUUAUGGAACUUGACACAAUGAGAUUUAUAAAACUACUUCCCCAUUUUGUCACAACGUGUGACUGGGUCACAUACCUCACACAAUUUUAGAUCUGGCUGAAGCUAAAUUAAUUUUACCAACACCAUGCGAACACCGCCGGUUUGAUCCGUGGGGAUAUUGAACAGCAUUUAAAGAGGAAAUAAAAGAAAUUUCAACAUGAGUAGCUAGGCUUAGAUCGGUUUAAAAAGAAAAUGAAUGUACUAGAAAUCUACGAGUAAUAAACUGUGACGGAAAAUAGAGUAUAAAUUUGGUGACAAUCCAAAGUGUUACUGAAUCUAACCUGUGCAAUCGUCUUUUGUUAACUUGCAAAAACAGUAUUUCUUCCAGUCUUGACUCUCAGGAUUGUUCGUCGACAGGUCUUUUAUUAAAUUGUCUGCUGGUUGUGUGAGGAAAAAGUAUUGUGAAAAACUACCGAGUAUUACAGGCUAUUCGUAUUGUGUGCCACGUGCGACUAAAUGUUUUUUGUCGAUAUCUUGCAAUAUAACUGUUGUGAGUGUUAAUACAUAUGAUUACAUAUUUGCAUGACGUGUUUCCUAGCAUUUCGAUAACAUCAGUGUUGUCAAUGAAUAAUCAGUAUUAUCAUUAUUUUCUUUAAGAACUUGUGGAUCUCAUUGUUCUAGGGUGUUGUGAUCCAUAUAAUGGUCAUGACAUUAACGUUCUGUCAUCGUAAACAAAUUUGUGUCCACAUUAUCCUGGUCAAGGUUAAAAUUAGUAGUUAAGUUUGCUUUUAAGGCAACUGUAUGUUUUAUUUUUUUGUUGUUGUUUUUUUACUUGAAAUAUCUGUUACAAAAUAAUUCGACCAAACGGUCUGUUUCGUUCAAAUUUUAAAAUUUUCGCCUCAAAUGUUUGUUGUGGGUGUUGAGCGGUUGCGACUUUCCGCGCGAAAUGGCGGAUUGCUUUACGGCAGUAUGCACGCAUACCGCUUUCAAGCGAAAAUUACGGCAGUGGAUUCCGCUCACUUACCUACAGGGGGCUCCAAAGUUGCAAAAAUACACCAAACUACAUACAGUUGCUUUAGGUUUACGCGUUCAUAGCUUAACUCAGAGGGAAUUAACCAGUGCAAGUUAAUCAAAAAGAUUAUUUUAAAGUUGACUUAAUAGCUUUAAGUUUGGUGCGAGUUACAAGUAACAAGCAAUAUUUGGCUUAUGCAUACUCUGAAAUAAAUGUAUGCAUCCAGCAUCUAUCUGUAAUUUAUGCAUCUGUCAGUAAUCUCAGUGCCUAAACAGUAAAUUGGAUGGUGUUGUUCUGUGUGUCUUAGGUUUGAAGUCCAAAGUCUAUAUUUUUGUGCACUUUCUCAGUAUUCAAUUCACGUGUUUGUGCUGUAUCACAGAUGACACUAAACUGAUACAUAUUAAGUUGUCCCUUAACAUUUAUUUAACUUAAUUUGGUAAAUCAAUAACGUACGUUAAGUCUGUUGUGAAAGAUUAAUGUGACUUAAUCUGGUUAUUAAAAUCAAUCUGCAACUGCAUAUGAUUGUAAUGAUAGUUGCAUUUUAUGAGGGUAUAGAGCGAGAUAUCGAUAUACAACUUAAGACGUAAUAUUACUACAUUACAGAAAGUUUGUAGUCAGCAAACUCGGACAUUCUGACUUCACAUCAUGAAGGUAACGCUGACAUGAAAAGACAACCUUUGCGCACAAUAAGCAAAGACGAAAACCUGUUUCUUUGCAGUUGCAUGCAUUUGUAGUUUUCUGAUGUUGUAUUGUAUGGUGUCAAGGGCAGCCUAUGUUGUUAAAAUAUGCAAUCUAUGCUUAUUUGAUGACAAUUUACUGUGAUUUAAAGUUACAAUGUAUAUAUCUAUACAUAUACCAAUUGAGAUUUCAGGACAUUAGAAACAUAUCACGCUGUCGAUUUCCAAAGCUCAAGCAUGUGAUCUGCUGUGCAAAUUGUUUUUACACACUAAUAAGGAUAUUAUUAUUUAACACGGCAAUGUUUUUCUUUUCAUCCAGAGUAAUAAAUGGGUAAAAGUCCUAGGAUUAUAUGAAAAAUAGUUUUAUUUUUGUAUUUUCCAAAUAUUUCUUUAUAAGAAUUCAUCUUAUUCCACGUGGAAAUAUUACAGCACAUUUACUUAAAUUACAUCUAUUACACCCAACUACAUAAUGGCUGAUACACAUUGGCAGUUACAAAUUAGCUCACUUGAUUAUAUUAAUGUAGUGAUGUAUGAGUAAUAUAUCGAACUAAUGUAUGUAACGUUAUAUUGCAUCAAUGUAGCCCUAGAAAACAACCUUGAAUCUAUGAUGUGCCAACAUGUGCUGAUGUUACAUUUAACUGUACCAUGUGAACAAAUGAAUUAAAACAGUGGUGCUUCUUCUU